AUGCGCUGCUUGGGGUCCCUGCUGCUGCUGCUGCUACUGCUGCUGGGGCCCAUGAGCGUGGAAGAAGCUCUGUGGACCCCUCUGAGUGUGUGUGGCUAUUCUGGGGAAGAGGUGGUCGGGGAGAAUGGGCCUCAGCUUCUGGAAAAGGCGGGGCCCGCAUCAAUGUGCCCCUCCAUUCCUGACGUGUUGCAGAGACCUCCCAAGGGCCCGCGGCUGCCCAUCCUCACUACAGAGAGGUCGGGGAGCCAGGCGGGAGGAAACCGAUGUGUGGAGGCGGCCGAGGCGUGCACAGCGGACUCGCGGUGCCAGGGGCUGCGCGCUGAAUACGUGGCGCAGUGCCUGAGUUGGGCCGCUCCAGGGAACUGCCCUCGCGCCCGCUGCCGGCGCGCGCUGCGCCGUUUCUUCGCUCGCGCGCCGCCCGCGCUCUCCCACGCGCUGCUCUUCUGCCCGUGUGCCGGCCCCGCGUGCGCAGAGCGUCGGCGCCAGACCUUCGUGCCGGCCUGCGCCUUCAGGGGACCCAGCCCAGCGCCGCCCUCCUGCCUCGAGCCCUUAGAUACCUGCGAGCAUAGCCGGAUCUGCAGGCCCCGCCUGCUGGCCUUCCAGGCGUCCUGCGCGCCAGUCACCCGCGCCCCCGGCGGCUGCCCGCGGGACCAGGGGCCCCGCUGCCUGCGCGCCUACGCUGGCCUUGUGGGUACGUGCCGAAGGGAACAGGGCGCAGGCAGGGCUCUUCAAGGGAUUCCUCCUCCUGGGGGGACAAAUGACCCCACCCUCGGGGUCGCUACAGGCACCGUGGUCACUCCGAACUACGUGGACAACACUAGCGCGCGUGUGGCGCCAUGGUGCGACUGCGGAGCUAGCGGAAACCGACGUGAGGAGUGCGAAGCCUUCCGAGGGCUCUUUACGAGGAACCGCUGCUUGGAUGGUGCCAUACAGGCCUUUGAUAGCGGGUGGCCCCCAAUCCUGCAGGAGCAACUGGAGCCCCAACAGGGUCCUAAGCACAGCCUUCUGCAGAUGAGUCCCCAGAGGGGCACUCCCUGCUCUCUGUGCUCACUGUCCUGGCUCUCCAGACCCUGCUCUGACCAAGACAACAGACUUUGGACAACACUGCCAACUGCACCAUUCUGCCUACGUUGAGACAGUCCCCAAAAUGUCAUCCACGAGUGAACCUGAGCAUCACUCCGUUCUCUACUGGCUCUACACCAGCCCCCUCCGGCAACAAUCAGCUCAUCCCUGGACCUGUAAUUCAAUCAAGUAUUUCCUA